GAGGAAGGGGCGGGGCUUCCGGCGGGGGCGGGGCCUCAGGCUGCGUCCCGGUCGCCGCCAACGCCGCCGGCAGCACGUGAGUCGCCCGGGAGCGCGGGGAGCUGGGGGGGGGGGGCUUCCCGGGUCAACGGCGCCGCUCCUCGAGGUCUCCCUCCCCCCCCGAGACCCACCUUCCCUCGGGGCGGGAGACUCCGGCUUGUGAGGAGACCCCUUGGAGGCGAGGAGAGUCUUGGCUUUCCGGCAGGCCGGGACCCCUCGAGGUCAUCCAGCUGGGCCCCCGUGACAGCCUCCGAGUCGGGAGAGCCCCCGGCCCUGCGAAAGGGCUUCGCGGUGUCCCCUGAAGCCCUGGGUUCGGGUCCUGCCCUCCGGAGCGGGAGGAAGCCGGCCGGCUCCGCGGGGUCAGGCCGGGACAGGCUCCCGGGGAAGGUCCUUCAGGAGGGAGGCCGGGGAAGGGCCGGAGCAGAGGCAAAGUCUGCCUGGCGCAGCGCCCUUUGUCCCUCAGGGACCAGGCAGGAUAGAAAUGUCAUGAAGAAUAAUAAUAAUCAUAAUAAUAAUGACUGUUUGCUUUCCCCACCUGACAGCACAGUCAUCGAUAUUCAGUGGUAUAGUUCUUCUGAACAUGGAGGUUCUGUUUAGACAGAACGGCUCAUGGCCAGUAAUAUUUCUGCCACCCUCCGUGAAUUUGUCUAAUCCCCUUUCAAAGCUGCCUAAGCCUGUAGCCACUGCCUCUUCUGAGGGCACCGAGUUCCAUAACUUAAUUCUGGAUUUUGUCUGCACUGAAAUCAAUUUUGCUGGCCUGAAUUCUGAAAUUAUGAGAGAGGGAGAAAAACCUAUCUCUGUCCGCCUUCUUUACGCUAUGCAUAAUUUUGCAAGCAAUCAUGGCUUUCCUUAAUCUUUUUUUCCCUUUCUAAACUAACACGAGGCACACAUGCCAAGCGCUUUAAUCUUUCCUAGUAGGGAAGGUGUUCUUUGCCCCUGGUCACACUGGCUGCCCUUUCUGCAUCUACAAUUCAUUUUUUGACAUGUAACCAGAACUGUACACAUUAUUCCCUGUGUGGUCACACCGUAGAUUUGUGUAAAGCCAAGAUUCUGACCGUCAUGUUUUCGGUACCUUUCCUGAUAACACCGAGCACAGAACUUUCCUUCUCCCUCACCCUGAGCUAUUGCAUAUUAAUUUGACAUUUUCAUUGAGUUACCCAUCUCUUUCCUGGUCAGUCACUGCCUGUUCAGACCCCAGGACUGUGUACACGAAGGGGUUGGGGGGGUGUUUGCCCUUUUAAUGCCCAUUCACCCACUUUAGAGAGGGGCUUUUGGAGCUCUCUGAAGGCCACUUGGCCUUUUGCCAUCCUGAAUAAUUUGUUGUUAUCUACAGACUAGGUCACUCUGCUGCUCACUCCUGGCUCCAGAUAAGUUACAUACAAGUUCAAAAGCACAGAACCUCUAGGCUAGAGGCUCAGCUUCUUACUUCCCUCCAUUGUGGGACCUGUCUGCUUACUCCUACCAUCUGCUUCCUAUUCUUUGCCCAGGUGCUAAAUCAUGGAAGGCCCUUUUCUUUCAUCCCUUGUGUUGUGCCUCUUAGACUUCAAAGUGUAGAAAUAUUCUUUGUUUUUGCUGCAGCAGACUUACUCCCUUUCCUGUUUGGAAGCUCUUGAUAAAGUUCUCACUUGGAGUUGUAAAGGGCAAUGAGUAACUUAAGGGAUGAGGAGCAAAGUCUGCUGCUGCUGUUGUGCUACUGGGGAGCUUGCAGCUGCCUGGUUUAGAGAAAGACUGAUGGGAGCAGGGAUGUCCUGACUUAGGUGCUGAGGAUAUUAGAGAAAUUAGCUUAAUGGCUUGUUGGAGGUGGCAAGUACGAGAAUUGCAGAGGGCAUUAAGAGAAUCUGGAGAGAUUGAUGAGAACUCCUCUGUUUUGUAGUACCCCACAAUGAAGAUUUGGCUGGAGGAGAGUGCAGGGGAAGGAGGACAUGCAUUGGAAGAGUGAGUUACCCUUUUGGUCUUGCGUCUUGCAUGUGCAUCUUAGCCUUAUUCUUAAGGCAAGUAUAAGGAACAUACGUGGCCCUCCUGGUAUUGAUACACUCCAACUCCUACCUGCUCUGACCAUGGACAGUUCUAGCUGAAGCAGAUGGGAGCUGGAGUCCAACAGCACCAGGAAGACCACCGUUUGUGCAGAAGGAGACAGGGACCUGUCCAAGGCCAUCAAGCUGAGCAGGAAUUCGACUCUGGUCACCACUUCCAUUCCAGCAGCACAUGCGUGCUUUCAAUUCUGCGGCUGAUAGGCUCUGUGCUUCCAGGUUCCUUGACCCGGGAGAAGUCAGCCGGUGUUGCUGUGACAUCGCUUGAACUUUCCGUCCUCUUCCUUGGUUGCCGACCUCAGAAGUGAUGCUUCUCCCUCUGCAGUCUCCCAGAAGGGUUUGCGCCUGAGACUGGUGGAAGGUAAGGUUUCUGUACCUCUUCUCUUUCUAGUUACAGGUAGGUAGCCGUGUUGGUCUGCCGUAGUCUAAACAAAAUAAAAAAAAUCCUUCCAGCAGCACCUUAGAGACCAACUAAGUUUGUUGUUGGUAUGAGCUUUUGUGUGCAUGCACACUUCUUCAGAUACACUGAAACAGAAGUCGUCAACAAGUUUACCACACCUAUCAGCCAGUCACCCAUUCCCACCACCCUUCUGAGUAAUACCCCUCUCACUAUAUAUAAGGGUCUGGUGACUUCUGUUUCAGUGUGUCUGAAGAAAUGUGUAUGCACACGAAAGCUCAUACCAAUAACAAACUUAGUUGGUCUCUAAGGUGCUACUGGAAGGAUUUUUUUUUUCCCUUCCCUUUCUCUUUCUGCCUCUCUCGACGUUGGCAGUUGGGAAUGUUUCAGGCAGGAAUGCAAGAGAGCGUUGUUCAACUUAUUUAUGCAGAUGAGGCCCAUCCCUAGAAUGUGCAGAAAUAAAUUUUAAAAGUGCCGUGGGGUGGGGGCAGCUUCUUGUCUGUUGGAGCUGGAUUUUGGCAGGGAGAGCAGAUGUUUGUGGUGCCAUUAUGGAAUUGGACAUACUCCCAAUUUCUGUUCCUUUCAGGCAGGAUGAAACGUGCUCCAUGGUAGGCGAGGCAGCCUACCUGCCAUUUUCCCUUCUAAGGCAAACUUGUUUUGGUGAAGGGAAGCUGUGCUGGAGCAUCAGCUAUUCCUGAACAAGGGGCUUCUUUGAGCAGGCCAAGGUCCUCCUCUGCUUUCAUCUGCAAAUCCAGGUGCCUCAUACCAGGGUCUGAAACUCCCAUUAUUCUAGGUGCGUUUUGCCACAGGGAAUUUAGUGCAAGCAGUUUCUGAGCUCUGGGUGCAGUACUGCGACUGAGAUUUCAGAGUAAAACUGCAGAGUGGAAGGAAAGGAGGACCUUUUUCUGCCUCCUCACUUCCAGCUCCUCUCUGAAGACUGGAGAAGAGACCCUCUUAGGAAUAUUAGGGGGGUGGGCAGAGGAAUGACCAGACCAUGUGAAAAAUGAACACAAUAUUUUAGCUGCAGUUCAUUGAUUUUCAGCUGUGUAUUCUUGAUAUAAAAAUGCAUGCCUAGACAUUCCGUUGUGGUGUCCUUAACCUUGGUUUAAGGUGCCCUUUAGCUCCUGGCUUUUGUGUCUCCGUUUCUAACACUGCCUGGUACACAUCACUUGGAGAGCACUGCGCUGAUUAGGCAGGGAACAGGUGGUGGUUCUGGAACAGUAAACAAUCAUGGAAAAUGGAGGGGAAUUACAUUGGGCUGUGCCAACAUGGGAGUGGUGGCAUUAACGUCCCAGCAUGCAUUUUUGUAAAGUUCGGAGGGGGUUUUUCUUAUUCAAGUUGGGGGGAAACUGAGGGGAACAUUUUGGUUCCUUUGAGACCGUUGCUUUUGCAAGAACAGCUGGAACGGUCUCUCUUUAGCAAUCCGUCUCCUUGGCUGAAGGGAACAUAGUUUAUUCAGAGAGUAGGAGCAUUUGCCUUGACAUGUUCUCAGAAUGUGUGGUGGGAAGAGCGAGGCCGCAUGCACAAGUCCUAACCCCACCUCAACCAACUCCACCUCCAACCUUUGCACGUACAGAAGGGAGAUCUGAAGCGAGGAUCUCUGCAGGUUCAGCUUGCCAUCCUCCCAUGUCAUCAGAAACCCUAGUGGAUUUCUGAUGCAAUAACUUCCCUCUUCAGACCUUCCCACUUUGCAUGCAGAAGUCUGAAGCUAUAGACAGUGGGGAUGCCUAGUCCUGUUCCUCCCUCUCCAUGUACGCACAGGAUGCUGGGGGAAGGGGCUGUUAGCGCAGGAGAAACUCCAGUUGCAGGAUCCUAUAGCCUUUUCUGGCAGACAGAACUGGAACCUCCUGACAAUAAGGACAGAACUCAGGAUGCCACAGGCCUUUAAGAUCAAAUUGAAUACUGAGUGCAUGGCAAAGUGAUAUAAACUCAGAUCCACACUUGCUUUCUUUCCAGUCGUUUAGUCUGUCUGUCUUUUACUCAUUCAGAAGUAUGUCAUCCAACAGGGGUGGGGAACCUCCAGCCACCAGGCCAAGUAUGGUCUCAUGUGGGUCCCAGUUUGUCCCCCGAGACUGUUUCCACCCUUCCCACAACUUUCAUCAAGUUCCCCGAGAUUGCACAGACAGUCACUACACAAAGCAGGCUGGAAGUGCCUUCCAGCCCACAGGGUCAGAGGCUUUUCAAAGCAUCAAGCAGGGCUCUUUGGGCUCUUUGCAAGCCCCGUGAUAAUCACCGUGCUUGAAUUCUUAAUCACAGGUCAUUGAAUCUGACCCUCGCCUAUCAGCCAGAUCAGGUUCCCAACCCCUGCGCUCAGAGGUUAGGCAAACCCUACAGCCGCCUUGUCUUUAAGCAGAAGCCCGGAAGCCAGGAAUUGGAUGCAGACAAGUAAAUGGAGGAGGAAAGGAACUCCCUGCCCUUCCUCUGCCUACAAACCAAGCAGGUUGUUGUUGGAGGAAAAACCAGCAUCAAAAUGCAGCUCUCUUUAGGGAAGUUUUCAAUGUAUGAAGUUUUGUUCUGUUUUUAAUGUUCUGUUGAAAGCCGCCCAGAAUGCCUGGGGAAAUCUAGCAGGGUAGAAAUAAUAAUAAUUAUUAUCUGUGUUCCCCCUCUGGCAGCCACAAGCAGUCUAGUAAAUAAAAAAAUCCGGCUAGUAAGGUUUGUGAGCUUAUUUACAAGGCUAACCUAGAGGGUUGGAACUUAAUUGUGCAUCAUGUCAUUGCAUGUUAGCAUAUCCUGUAGUGAUGCCUAUGCAUGUAAUUAAGGGGAAUUGCAGCUACCCUUUAGUUUGUUACGCCAUUAAGUGCCAUAUUUCAGAAGUAAAGUUCACUGCAACCACUGCUCUGCCUGUUAUAUUUCCAAGUAAGGCACCUUUAAUGAUUUCCACUUAUGUAAGUAACUACAAAAUACAUAACAGAUCAUUAGCUGCAAGUCAGUUGCAUGGAAUAGACUUGCAGAGAAAUCUGCAGUGUCAUGCUCCUUGGCAAAGAAUUUACAAUUUCAUGCUCCUUGUCAGAAAAUGAUGCUUAGGAGCAUCACUUCUAGAUAAGGAAAGUCAAGAAACGCCCCUCUUGUCUCUUCAUUGCUGAUUACACACCCUCCUCAAAGGUAAGGUUUUAUUGGGGUGGCAAAUCAGGGUGUCAGUGGGCAGGAAAGAACCCUGUUUUGUGCUGCGUUUUCGUGCAGAGCCUUCGCUUAAAAUGAGCUGAGGCUUUUUGAACUUCUCAGCUAUGAAUUUUUCACUCCUGUUAUUAAAUGCAGGGUGUUUGAUCACUACAACCUUAUGGUAAAAGUGAAGCCAUCUUAUCAGUUCUUAUUUUUAAAAUAUUAUCCAAGGAGGAAACUUGUGUGAGUGUGUGUCUGAAAGGCAGAGAGAGGUAGAGGCGCACAGGAUUGCAAUUCACUGGAGGAGGAAGAGGACACAUCAAAACCAGAAACCAUGGUGGUGCACCAAACAGCAAACGAGGGCACCUUCCGGAAGGGAAAGGGCCAUAGCUCGGCGCCAGGGCAUCUCUGCCUUGCAUGCAGAAGGUCCCAUGUUCAAAUCCCAGUGGUAUUUGUAGGGAGGACCAAGAGAGCAGAGCCUGAAAUCCUGGAGAGCCAUUGCUUCCAGUCAGUGUAGGCGAGAUAACUGAGCCAGGCAGACUGCAGCUUCCUAUCUUCCGCCUGCCUCCUUCGACUCACUGGAGGCCUUGGAGCACCUCCUUGCCGUGGGUGACCCAACUGGUCAGACCAGCCAGGCAGCAAAGGACAGGAGCCCUUUCUCGUAGGCGCAAAGGGCUCGGCUUCUCUUUUCCCAGGCAGCCACUGAGCCGCUUUUCCCCUUCAAGAGCUGACUCAGCAGUUCAGAGCAGUCCUCUGACUCGGACCCCUCCUUACUCUGUCCACGCAGCCUCAUGCCCAGGUGGCCAUCCUCAUCUUCCCCCACGCCGACCACGGAAGGACACGAAAGAGAGAGCCGCUAACUGCCGGUCUGUGAUUCUUUCUACACAGAAGCUGAUUCCCAGCACAUCAUCUUUUGUUUAAUAAUAAUAAUAAGGUAAGUGGUGUACAUUCAGCAACAUAUUUGGAAAGACAGAAGUACUAACUGGAAGCUGGAUUUGUUUCCAGUGGUUUUGCUUGGUUUCUGUAGAGAAUGUGUUAUAUUGUCUUAUACUGAUUACUUCGUUUUGUAUUGAUUUUAUGUUUUGCUUGCUGGAAAAUCUCAGAUAAGGAGGGAGAUCUUGGCUACCUGAGUUUUUAUAGUAUCACUCUGGUUGUGGCCUUCUGCUCUUUCAAACAACUGCUCUUGAAAAGUAGAAUACGCCGCCACCUCUUAAUGUUGGAUUCAGAGUGCAGCUGCAGGCAAGCGAGAAUUCUUGUCUAAAUUGCAUUUGUUUGCUUGAUUUAUUUUGGGUGCAGAAACUUGGGAAUCCUUCCUGCACGCAGCAAGCACCACAUUCAGCCCCCAGUUUAAAAAUGGGUUGUAGAGGAGAGGAGGUGGUGCCAAAGUCUCUCUGCCCAUUCUCAGCCCUGGUAGGGCCACUGCCAAACUGGAUGUUCUCAGACUAGAUAGGCCAAGGCUCUGGCUCUGCUUAAAAAGGCUUCCGCUCAUCAUCUGCGCAUUGGGCCUCUGAUUAAAUAGAGGUUCAUUUCCUCCCCUCCCUCUAGGGAUGGCUAGUGUUGUCCCAUAAAGUCUCCUGGCAUUGCUUAUGCUGCAAGAUACAGCCCUGCUUCAGAUUUCCGGACUGGCUGUCUUCACUCAAGGUAAAAGCUGCGUUGCUCUGGACUUUCCAUUCCUCUUGGUUCCAAAAGUCAGUUGUCCCCACGGAGCAGGCUCGCACGUGCUUCCUGAAGCAGAGCAUAGUGUGCCCUGCCAGGCAUUCUGCAGGCCUCUGAGUAUCCUAUGUGCAAGCAGGCAGGAGGGAUUCACACAGUGCCCUCCCUGCCCCAUGGUGCUUUACUGCAGCGUAAAGCUGUGUGCUUGGAGGGAGGGAGGCUCUGCCCCAAGGAGCUUGCACUCUAAACCAGUGCUUCUCAAACUUGGGUCUCCAGCUGUUGUUGGACUACAACUCCAAUCAUGGCCAACCAAUGGUCCUGCUAGAGACCCAGGUUUGAGAAACGCUGCCUAAAUCUUCCUUCCCCAGCCUGAUGCCCUCCAAAUGUUUUGGACUGCAGCUCCCUCCAGCCCCAGCCAGCCUGGCUGAGGCCAUCAGAUUUAGUCAUUCCAUUUAUAACCAGAGUCAGCGUGGUGUAGUGGUUAAGAGCGGUAGACUCCUAAUCUGGGGAACCAGGUUCGCGUCUCCGCUCCUCCACAUGCAGCUGCUGGGUGACCUUGGGCCAGUCACACUUCUCUGGUCUCUCAGCCCCACUUACCUCACAGAGUGUUUGUUGUGGGGGAGGAAGGGAAAGGAGAAUGUUAGCCACUUUGAGACUCCUUCGGGUAGUGAUAAAGUGGGAUAUCAUGUCCAAACUCUUCUCUUCUUCAUACCCUACUCUUCACAUCCACACCCUCUCUAGAUUCUCCCAUUACAUGUUCUGAUGUGUUUCUUGUUUGUUUGUUUGUUUAUUUAUUUCAUUUCCAUACCACCUUUAUCUCCCAGGGAGCUCAAGGUGGUCUGCAUGGUUCUCCUGCUGCCCAUUUCAUCCUCACAAUCACCCUGUGAGGCAGGUUAGGCUAAGAGAUAAUGACUGGUCAGCCAGUGAGCUUCAGGGUGGAGCAGGGUUUCGAACCCUGGUCAGUGUGGUCUAGUGGUUAAGAGCGGUGGACUCAUAAUUUGCUGAACCGGGUUCACUUCCCUGCUCCUCCACCUGCAGCUGCUGGGUGACCUUGGGCUAGUCACACUUCUCUGAAGUCUCUCAGCCCCACUCACCUUGUGGGGCAGGAAGGGAAAGGAGAAUGUGAGCCGCUUUGAGACUCCUUCGGGUAGUGAUAAAGCGGGAUAUCAAAUCCAAACUCUUCUUCUUCUAACCUGCCCUUCAACCUCUGGUCUUGCAGGGCAGUACACAGCUAAAUUACUUUCUUUUUAAAAACAAAAAACUAAAGCUUAAAGUAUGACACAUUUAAUGGAUCUUGUGAACCGCCCUGUGGUUGCUGCUGCUGCUGCUAAUAGUAAUAAUAAUAAUACUACAUCAGUCUUGCAUUAGAAGAGAGCAGUUCUUCAGCUCAGCCUUCCCCAAAUGCCAGGAAGGGCAGGUAUGCAUUUGCUGACUCCAAAAACAACAAGGCGGAAACGCCACCCCUGGGUUCCAUGACCAUGGAGGCCCCUCUCCGGGCUCUUAACUGUGAAACUACGGUAUAUUGGUUGGUCACUGCUGCAGACUUGAAGGCAUGAAGGCCAGCAGAUUAGAACAGAGGCACUCCGUCCCAGCCCGCCAUACAGGCCUUUAAACUCCAGCAUCAACACCUUAAAUUGGCCCUGGUAGCAAACAGCCAGUCGCUGUAGAUCUUUAAAGAUCAGGGACACCUGUCAGCAUCUUGGCUGCCACAUCUUGCACCGCCUGCAGCUUCCGGGUCAUCUUCCAGGGCGUAUUGCAGUCGUCUGGCCAAGAGGUUACCAGAACCUGCCCUCCUGUGGUGGUUCUGCUCCAAUAUAUCCCUCUUGGGGUGGCUGCUCUAGUGUUUGCCAGUGAGGAGAGAACAGAAGGAGGGGAGGGACCAGCGAGGCCGGGGUGGCAUGUGGGCAGUUUGGAUUCCUUUGCAGCCGAAGGUGAAGAUCCCACUGAGUCGUCUGUCCUCCCUCCCUCUCCCUCCCCAGGCAAAGAGGAUGUCGGCCUCGCUGAGCAGCCGGGCCAUCGUCUCCCACGUCCUCGUGGCCCUCUUUGGGAUGGGCUCCUGGGUCUCCGUGAACUCCCUGUGGGUGGAGCUCCCCGUCGUGGUGAAACUGCUGCCAGAAGGUGAGGAGCAGGGGCUGGGGGCUGGCUGGCCCCUCUGGCGGGAGGGAAGGAGCCUUGGCUGCAGCAGGAAGGAAGCUGCUCCUGUGGGGAGGCAGGAAGGGGCGAGAGGGAUCAGCCAAGCUCUUGAGGGGCAGGACAAAGGAGGAGGGCCUGGAGGGGUGUGCCUGGACAAUGCCACCUCUUUCCUGGCCUUGGGAGGGGCUUUGGUGUUCUGGCUGGGGAGACUCCACAGGCUGCAGCCCCUGCUGGGCUCUGGAAGCAUAUGGCAAGGCCCCACCCACUUUGGCUGGACCUGGAAGCUGACGUUCAAGGUGCCUCUCCUCCCCCUGUGGAAAAGUAGCCAGCUUCUCGCUUGCAGAUGCUCAGAGGCACCAGAAACUGCUGUUGCCAUGCUUCUGAAAAGUCCAGAGUGAGGGGCUGGCCCCUCUCCGAGGCUGCCUCCAUGCAAGCCAUAAGACUUGGGACGGGUUUCUCCUCUUAAAGACAUGCAAACAGAGUGUGCGUAAGAGACAACACAAUAGAAGCUUAGAAAACUAUGCACACAUGGAGAAAGAGGAUAGAGAAAGGGUUUUCUCCCUCUCUCACAUAACACUGUAACUCGUGGGCAUCCAAGGAAGCUGUCAGGGGACUGCCAUCAGAACCGGGGAGGGAGGCAGGGGGGCCGUUGGGAUACAGAGAGCCUCCGAAACUCCUGAGGAGCAGUUCCUCUUCCAGCGAAGGGAAAAGCCACACCUCCAGUGGAGAAGAGGGGGAAGGGGCAGCCGAGCGAGGAAAGGGCUUGCGGAUGCUGCUGAGAGCCCCAGCGCCUCACCUCGCCAGGCUGGCCAGGAGGGACACACGCCCCUUCCGUUGCCCACCUUGCGCAGAGGGGCGAAACGCAAGGAGGGGAGGAGGAGGCUUGGGGUGCCGAAGUUCUUACGUUGGGGGAGAAGGCGGAAGGGGCCACUCCCGGAUUCUGCAAGUGACUGAGACGGACAUGAACUUGGUAGAUCUGCACUGUAAAUAGCUUGCACAAUAAAACCCGUAAAAGCCAGGUCAGAGUCCUGCCUGCCUGGUUACUCACGAGCAACCACCACCAGCAUCUGACAGAAGCUGAUAGUUGGGUGAUUGAGGACAGAUCCAAGUACUUUUUUAUUCAGUGCAUAAACUUGUGGAACUCCUUCCCACAGGAGGCAGUGGGGCCACCAACCAAUUUGGCUUUAGAAGACAAUGAGACAAACUUGCAGAGGAGAGGGUGAAGGGGGGCUCCUAGCCAGGAUGGCUCUGCUCUGCCCCCACAGUCGGAGGCAGUGAUGCUUCUGAAUCCCAAGGGCUGGAAAUCACAGGAGGGAGAGUUGCUCUUGCACCCGGGUCCUGGUUUCCCUUUGGGGCACCUGACUGGCCACUGUGAGAGCAGGAUGCUGGUCUAGGUGGGUCAUUGACCGCAUCCAGCAGGCUCUUGAAGAGCUUCAGGGAGACGCUUGGCUUCCCGGUCCUUGGGGAGCGAGUGCUGAGGCCGAGGGACUUCAGACGUCUCCACGGCAGCCCCUCCUUCCUUCGCAAGCUGAACCCAGGGAUUGCAAUGAAACGAGACUGUUCUUUGCCGCCUUGCCUGGGGAAGGGAGGGGAUUAUGCUGCUUUCCUUUAGAAAACAAAAUAAGGCAGGGAGGCUCCCUGUGAUAAGCCCUUCUUUGUGAGAACUCCUUGUUCUGGGCAGAAGCUGCCCUGCCUGGCGUCUGUGUGGAGGCAUCACGCUUGCUCCCUCAUGGGGGACACAGGGCCUGGGAGACAAAGGAGGCCUUUCUUGCUCCCUUACUUUGCUCGACCCUUCGUGGCCGGGUCGGGGGACGUUCUGUAAUUCCAGCAGAAAAGGAGAACGUUUAUCCACGUGUCGCUACAAAUGUCCUGGCCUUGUGCUGCCUCCUUGAAUGGCCGUAGUUGGGCUUCUGCAGAGUUCUAGCAGGGCAGGGGCGGGGGGGGGGGGGAGGCAAGAAGUGUGUCAGUUGAUGAAUGACUGGAGAGCAAGAGUUCAGCUGCAGAGAGAGGAUGCAAUAGCCAAAGUCACCUUGUUUCUGAGCCGCCCAGAAAGUCCCUAAUGGAGCUGCUGCUGCUGCUGCUUCUUCUUCUUCCCAGGCUGGAACCUGCCUGCCUACCUGACCGUCCUGAUUGCCCUGGGCAACGUGGGCCCCGUGAGCGUGACCCUGGCUCACCACUUCGCCCCCGGGCGGCUGAAGGAGCGCUGGCUGAUCCACGGGAUCCAGCUCCUGGCGGUGGUGGCGGCCUUCUUCCUGGCCUUCUUCUGGGACCGCAUCGUGGUGGUAGCCGGUGAGCCCCACAGCCUGGCCUUCCUGGUGCUGGCCUUCCUGCUGGCCCUGGUGUGCUGCACCUCCAACGUCUCCUUCCUGCCCUUCAUGUACCAGUUUCCCCAGCCGUACAUCCGCACCUUCUUCAUUGGGCAGGGCCUCAGCGCCCUCCUCCCUUGCGUGCUGGCCCUGGGCCAGGGCGUGGGGCAGCUGGAGUGCCGCAACGGCACCAACGGCACCCAGCCACACUUUCUGGAGGAGAACUUCUCGGCCACCACCUACUUCUGGAUGCUCCUGGCCCUGCUGGUGGUCUCCGCGCUGGCCUUUGCGGCUCUGGUGCUCUGGCACAGCCGCAGCGGCCCUGCGGAGGAGAAAAGCUCUUCCCAGGACAGCGUGAAGACGGAGGAGUCUUUCCCGCUGCAGUCUGAGAGCGUGCCUGCCUCCAAGCAUGCCACAGAGGAUGCCGCGGCCGGAGAGCCCGCCAAGCAACCAGCUUCCGCCUUCUGGACAGCAAGAAACAUUUACCUGCUGGUGCUGCUGGGGGUCUCCAACGCCCUGACCAACGGAGUCCUGCCUUCCGUGCAAAGCUACUCCUGCUUGCCUUACGGGAACAUGGCCUAUCACCUCUCCGUGGUGCUCAGCAACAUUGCCAACCCCGUGGCCUGCUUCACCGCUAUGUUCCUGCUGUGCAGGUGGGUGGGCAAAGGCUGGGCUGGGCUGGGGGCUCCCCUUGGGACGGGGGCCGCUGGGCCGUUGGCUGUGAACCCAGCAGGAACAGCAGCCUCUUUAAUUUCCCACAAAACAGGCAUCUAUCAGGCAGGGUUGUUUCUCAUCCCUUGUCUCAUGGCACAAGCACAAACACCCUAGCUGCAGUUUAAGAGGUGCUGGUGCAUCGUGAACUAAUUUACUGUAACACAGUUUUUCUGGUCUUAGAAGAUACAAGAGAGAUCCACUAGCCCUUUAGCUCCCCGUGCUCUUCUGAACCACACAGCCUGUUACCUUCAUCUCCUCUUCUGAGCAAAUCCCUCUCCCUCUUGCCAGUGCUGCUGAAGGCAGCCUUGGCUUUAUCCCAGCUUCUGCACAUACGGACAUUCCUUAGAGGAGGAGACCUGCUUAGGCCCUUUGGGGCAGCUGGUGUGAUAACCCUGAACAGAACCUAGAUGUUGCAGGGGCGCUGAUCAAGACGUGGACCAAUUGCAUCAACAGUCCCAACACAGUUUUCUGGUUCAAAUGAUCCUCCCCCCCCUUCUCUCUCUCUCUCUCUCUCUCUCUCCCCCUCUCCCCACACCCACCCACACCACUUCCUGGUAUGAGAGCUGCUAGAAGUUGCUUAUCUGUAUUAUCUGGUCAUGCUAUACCAUGACUAGAGUUCUGCGUUGAGAAAAAGGCCCACAAGAUUUCCCCACUUUGACCUGCACCACCUCUGGGGUGAGGAAUGGCUUGGGGCUGUGGUGGGGGGGGGCUGCCUUGCAGUCCUGCUUCAAAUGCCCACCUGCCCAAGGCUGCAGUUUGGCCCUAAAAUGGGGAAAUUGCUCUAGGUUGAAAUUCUUGGAGCAACUUGCGAACACUGAAGGUUUCUGUAGGGCGAUGCUGCCCCACUGGACCACAAGGAGGCAGCAUGUGGCCAAUGUUUCAGUGGGGAAAGGCUCUGGCGAGAUUUCUCCUGACUGCAGGGGAAAAUUUGGGGUGGGAGCAUGUGUUCCUUUCACCAACAGCCUGGAGCGUAACUUGUUGCUUGAGUUCAAGCCAUCUUCUCUGCAGCAGCUCCAGAUCUCAAGUGCUUCCCUGCUUCUCUGCCUCUUGCCAGGUCGUCCCUGGGCCUGGGCAUCAUCUCUGCUGUGGGGUGUGUGUUUGGAGCCUAUCUGAUGGUGCUGGCGGCCCUCAGCCCCUGCCCUCCCCUGGUGGGCAGCCCUGCAGGAGUAGCUCUGGUGGUGAGUAUGACUGAGCUGUUGAUCUCUGGGCACAGGGGGAGGCGGUGACGAUGCUGGGCCUUCCCCCAAGGAGGAGGAGCUGCUGCUGCUGCUGCUGUGGUUGCUGAGCCCUUCCUCUGGCCAGGAGCAGAUCCUGCACGUUCUUCCGCAGGCCCUUUUCCAGGUCAGGCUGCAGUGGCGGCAGCGUUGCCCCCAGGGCGAGUCUCUCCCCGUUCACCCAAACGAGGGUGAGCUCCAAUCCCCAAGUCACAACCGCCUUUUAGUCCCCCUGCGUCCUCCGUCUUCGCCUCCCCAGCAGUCCAGGUGUGGCUGUUUCAGCCGAGGGUUUCUUCUCUUGGCAGGUGAUCUCCUGGAUCCUCUUCAUGGGCCUCUUCUCCUACCUGAAGGUGGUGAUUGGCAGCUUGCUGCACGAGGCCGGCCACGCCGCCCUGGUCUGGUGUGGCGCCAUCAUCCAGGCGGGCUCUCUGCUGGGGGCGCUCGUCAUGUUCCCCCUCGCCAGCAUCUACAGGCUCUUCUCGAGUGGGGAGGACUGUGUGGACAACUGCAGGCCGUGACGGCCGGUGCCGGCAAGGAGGAGCGGCAGGAGGCCGUGCUUCUGAGGAGCCACCCUCUGCCGCCCCUCUCCAGGGCUGUCAGCACUUGGAGGGGGGCAGUCCUGGCUGCUCUUCCCGGCUCCCCUCCAGCACUGCCUGUUGAACCAUCUCAUGCUCUUGCCCCCCAGGCAGAGGAGAGAAACUGAGGGGCGAAGCACACAGACCCCAGCCCACCUUGCUUGGUCACAGCCUCUCUCUCCUCUGCUAGAGCCAUCUUGGGGCAACAGGGAGCAGCUUCCUGUUUGGAGGGGCUGCGUGGCCACACGCUUAGGAGGGAGGGGUGCUGCUGCUGCCGACACAGAGGCCUUAACCACCAUGCCUUAAGAACCAAGCUCUCCCGCCCCCCUUGGGACCAAAGCACUUCACCCCCCCUCCCCACACAUACUGACUCUGCAGACCCCACUUGCCUCCUCCCUGUUGGUGACCAGGCCCCUUUAACCUCUCAGGAAUGGUGUCUUCAGAGGAGACAACUGGCUGCCAUGGGGGGCUGCAUUGUGGAAGUGGGGAGAGGGAGGGGCGCCCCCCUGUGGCUGGCGACUGGGGGGGGGAGAGUCAGGAAUACUUUUAUUUUUUAACAUGGGUUGACUACAGUUCCAUUGGCUUUUAAAAACGAAACACCCACCCCCUAAUAGAAAUAAAUUAGGUAACCUGGACACGUUUUAUGUACCUUGCAUUCUGUGCAAAAUCUGCACAAUUGCUGUUGAGGUUUUACACUAAACCGGGGGGGGGGGGGGUGUUUGUAGUGGCAAGAGUGUUGGACCUGGGAGUUUGUCCCCACUCAGCCAUGGAGCUCUUACUGAGCGGCCUUGGAGUCAGUCCCUGCCUCUCAGCCUAGCCUACCUUCCAGGGGUGUUGUGAGGAUAAAAUGGGGAGAAGAAUCCGCACUACCUGGAGCUCCUUGGAAGAAAAGGGGCAUAACUGUGAUGAAGCAAGAGGGACAGCUAAGAAAGGGCUGGGCUCUUGGGGAAAGCAGGGGAGAGAGCAGAAUAAGUCAGUAAGGUCCCAGGGUGGGGAACUAGACUUUGCCGAAAGUGGCCCACCCUCAGAAUUAUGGAGCCUCCCCUCAGGCCUGUUCUAUGUAAGUCUCGGCUAGAGCAACUGGUCUUUUUUCAUACUUCCCUGUGACACUGGAGAGGCUAGAACAGGGCAGACCCUUGAGGCAAUUUUGUCCCGCUCCCCCCUCCCUGCAGCCUUUGUGCCGCCUCCCCAAAGCCGGGUAAGUGAGGCGCUGGGCUCUGGGAAGGCGGCGCGAGGGCUCCAACAGGGUCUGAGCGUCCUGCCAGCUCCUUCCCAAAGCCUAAUUAGCGCUUUCCCAGCUUCGCGAAGAGCUGGAAGUGAUGGGAAGGGCAAAAGGGCCUCCUUGGUAGUUAAUCAUCUCAUGAGAGGGACAAGAAUAUGGCUGGACUCCUUCCGAUAGCUGGGUGCAAAGCCGUUUUGAGCAGUAUAAACCAGGGUCGGCACCUUGAAUUGGGCUCUGUAGCGAAUGAGCAGCCGGUGCAAACCUUUCAAGACCAACGUUUUGUGAUCUCUCACAGCUGUGCCAGUGAAGUCUCUCUGUUUUGCACCGACUGCAGCCUCUGAAGAAAAGCAGGAUACAACUGGCUUUUAAGUAAAAUGGCACUUGCAGUGCAAUCUUGUACAUGUCUUCUUGGAAGUAAGUCCCAUUGCAUUUGGUGGGGCUUACUCCCAGGAAAGAGGGUUUAGGAUCACUGCCUUGAACUGUAUUGGUCAGCUAAUUAACGCUGAGUAAGCCCUAGCCAGCCUGACAGCGGCUGUGGCGGGUCCUCCGUGGGGCUGCCCAGCGUGGCGGUUUGGGAAGUUCACCUGGCUCAGAAAACGCCAGCAGCCAGUUCGUUAAACGGGGCUUCUCAACCUGGUGACGGUUUGCCAGUCCUUGGAAGAUCUGCCCCAGCUUCUGGCCACAACUGAAUGUGCUGGUUUAUUUAUUUAUUUAUUUCAACCGGAAGCCCUUAAAUGCAGGAAGCCCGCCCCCCCUCACUCCCUGCCAGAUCCUUUUCAGGGUGCUCCUUCUUGGGGUUCCCCCUCUGGCUGGAUGGAAGCCACUGCAGACGGGCCCCAGGCACACGCAGCCGCCAGUCUCUCUUAGGCGUCCGUUAAACCUUCACUUGCCAAGCCCUGGGCAGCAUGGAACCUCGAUUGUUCUUUCAAGGAUCAUACAGAUGGAUAACUUGUUGUAAUUGAUUGUUUUGUUCAUUGUAAGCUGGCUUGAGCGGGGCUGGGACCAAAGACAAGAUAUAUGUUUUACUCUUAUUUUUUUGUAUUUUAUUUGCGAUAUUUUUAGGAUGUUAUUAAAGCACUUAGAGAUCUUGGAAACCUGAAGCUUAUAUGUCUAUUUUGUAUGUGAUGCAUUUCUUUUACGGAUGUAAUUUUACUGUUUUUCUUACGCUGCACACUACUGGAAUAUAUUUUUUCCUUAAUGCUGAUGGGGUAAAAACUUUUGCAAAGAAAGUAUAAAUUGCCUAAAUGAAUAGUACAUUUUAAAUGAAUAAAAUGAAUCAGAGACAGACUUUA